AUGAAGCAAUAUUAUGGUCUUCUCCCUCUCUCAAAACAUACCUCCAACAAAAUAAUCCCAUCCAACUACAUAGAUCAUCAACCCUUAGUCGGAAAAGGUUCUCCGAUAAGCCGUUACUCCAAAACUCGGUCGGGUUUCACCACACUUAUUCACUCAUUUCUCACUAUUAUAUCAAUCCCAUCUAUCCUUCCCACUUUCCGUUGGCCAACUCAAAUUUCUCUAACACCCUCCCUUAAUCGCAAAGUGACUUGCACAUUGUUUGGAAACCGUAGAGGACACGUAAGCUUUGCUGUACAAUACGAGUCACGAUCCGCCCCAUUAAUGAUCAUAGAGUUUGGUGUGUCAACCGCUUCACUAGUGAAAGAAAUGUCGUCGGGCCUAGUUAGAAUCGCGCUUGAGUGUGAAAAAAUCAAGCAGAUUAAAUCCCGGUUAUUGGGUGUACCUGGAGCUGGUGGCGACAGAUAUUGUAAGUUGUUUAAUGAACCUAAAUGGACAAUGUAUGUUAAUGGAAAGAAAUGUGGGUACGCGUCAUCAAGGGUUUGUUCGGAUUCUGACUGGCAUUUGUUGAGUAUGGUGCAGAGUGUGUCAGUUGGUGCCGGUGUGAUUCCGGUUGUAGAGGGUGCAAGAAAGAGUAAUGCUGGUGGUUGUAGGGACUCGGAGGGCGAGUUAGUGUAUAUGAGAGCCGUGUUUGAACGAGUUGUGGGUAGUCGUGACUCGGAAGCGUAUUAUAUGAUGAAUUUGGAUGGCAAUGGAGGGCCUGAACUUAGUAUAUUUCUACUUAGGCUAUAA